GUCUCCCGAACGACGAUAUCAAACAAACAACGAAUUGUCAAAAUGUGAAGUCGAGUCCCUGUAUUCUGAUGUGAAUUAAAUUUUGAAAGAUUUUUAAUAACUCGUACCUGAAGAUGGCAGUCGCGCCUAAAAAAGCAACUUAUUCUACUGCUGACUUUGAAAUUUUUGGUAAAGUACAAGGUGUGUUCUUUAGAAAACAUACGCAAAAGAAAGCAGUCGAACUAGGCCUCAAGGGAUGGGUGAUGAACACCGCGCAAGGAACUGUGGUAGGCCAACUACAAGGACCUGCGAUAGCCGUUGAAGACAUGAAGAUUUGGUUACAAAAGGUGGGCAGUCCGAAAUCGCGAAUUGAAAAAGCUGCAUUCCGAAACGAAGGUCCCAUUAACAGCUGCGCAUUUAGGACAUUUGAGAUUCGACGAUAAAAUAUUGGACACUAGGUACU